AUGGCCAAGCUCAUCACCAUCGUCGGCGCCACCGGUGCCCAGGGGAAGGGCGUCGUCAGCGCCUUCAUCAACAACCCGGCCUACCAAGUCCGUGCCAUCACCCGCAACCCAUCCAGCCCCUCAGGCCAAGCCCUCGCCGCCCAGGGCGCCGAAGUAGUCGCAGCCGACCUCAACGACCUCGCGAGCCUCAAGACCGCCUUCGCCGGCUCCCACAUCAUCUUCGGCGUGACCAACUUCUUCGAGCCCUUCAUCGCCCACCAAUCCGCCACCAAAGCGAUGGACAUCGAAGUCGCGCAGGGCACCAACCUCGCCCUCGCCGCCGCCGCCACCCCCACCCUAGAGCACUACAUCUGGAGCACCCUCCCCAACGCGCUCGCCCUCUCAUCCAACAAAUACCUCAUCCCCCACUUCGAGGGCAAGAACCGCAUCGACGCCCACAUCCGCGCCCACCUGCCCCAGCUCCUCGCAAAGACCACCUUCCUCUGGGUCACCUGGUACCACGCCAACUACGCCUUCCCCGUCUUCGCUCCCUACUGGAUCCCGACGGCCAACAAGUACCUGCAGCUAGCCAACUAUGCGCCCGAGACGCCGAUCCAGACGAUCGGAGACGUGUCGGCGAACGUGGGGUUAUUUGUCAAGGCCGCGGUGGAACAGGGGGGGGUGACGAGGGAGGGGGCGGUGGUGCUGGCGGCGACGGAGACGUAUCAGGCAGGGGACAUGUUGCAGGUGUGGGCGCGGGCGAAAGGGACGAAGGCGCAGUUUGUGAGGGUGGGUGGGGAGGCGUUUCGGGAGGUGUGGCCGCUGUGGGCGGAGGAGAUGGGGGUGAUGAUGGAGUUUUGGGAUGAGUUUCGGGAGAGGAGCUGGACGAGGAAUGAUGGGGGGAAGGUGCUGGGGAAGGAGGAUUUGGGUGUGACGGGGUUUAAGAGUUUGGAGGAGGCUUAUAAGGGGCUGGAGCUGUAG